CUUGCGGGUCAGGCCGCAGCUGCGAGGCCCGACUCAACCCCGCGGGCCUGGGGUCUGGAGAAUCAGCUGGUGCGGGAGCGGGCGGGGCACGGGAUGCUCUUCUGCUGUACUUUCUCUUGGCGUUCAGGAGGUUGCCUAGCUACGCUUUAGAGAGCUUUGCAUCAGCUCCGACUCCUGACAAUUGAGGAAACUGAGGGCAAGUGGAAGACGUAGCCAUCUCCUGGGCCACGCAGAUUGCCAAGGAGAGGCCGGAUACCGAGACCUUGCGGUCUGCGCUCCCAGGUCCUCUGGAGUGGGUGGUCGUGGGGAGCAAGGGCCCAGCUCCGUCCCCUGCACCCCACGGCACCCCUAGCCGCCGCCGGAGGCUCCCCGGAGGAGGAGCUCCGAACGCGGAGGAGGAGCCAGACUCUGGGAGCCGGGACACCAUUCACCCGGAUAGGAGGCAGAACCAGGGAGGAACCCCAUCAGCCAGGUGGCCAGAAAGCUCCGGGAGCAGCUUCAUGGAAGAGAAACAGAUUCUGUGCGUGGGGCUAGUGGUGCUGGACAUCAUCAAUGUGAUGGACAAAUACCCAGAGGAGGACACGGACAGCAGGUGCUUGUCCCAGAGAUGGCAACGUGGAGGCAAUGCAUCCAACUCCUGCACUGUCCUCUCCCUGCUUGGAGCCCCCUGUGCCUUCAUGGGCUCGCUGGCCCCGGGCCACGUUGCCGAUUUUGUCCUGGACGACUUCCGCCGCUAUUCUGUGGACCUCCGCUACAUGGUCUUUCAGACCACGGGCUCCGUCCCCAUCUCCACAGUCAUCAUCAGCGAGGCCAGCGGUAGCCGCACCAUCCUACAUGCCUACAGGAACCUGCCAGAUGUGUCCGCUAAAGACUUUGAGAAGGUUGAGCUGACCCGGUUCAAGUGGAUCCACAUUGAGGGCCGGAAUGCAUCAGAGCAGGUGAAGAUGCUCCAGCGGAUAGAACAGCACAAUGCCAGGCAGCCUCCAGAGAGCAAGAUCCAGGUGUCUGUGGAGGUGGAGAAGCCGCGUGAGGAGCUGUACCAGCUGUUUGGUUAUGGAGAUGUGGUGUUUGUCAGCAAAGAUGUGGCCAAGCACUUCGGGUUCCGGUCAGCAGAGGAGGCCCUGAGGGGCCUGUAUAGCCGCGUGAGGAAGGGGGCCACGCUGGUGUGUGCCUGGGCGGAGGAGGGCGCCGACGCGCUGGGCCCUGAUGGACGGCUGCUCCACUCCGACGCUUUCCCACCGCCCCACGUGGUGGACACUCUGGGGGCCGGAGACACCUUCAACGCAGCGGUCAUCUUCAGCCUGUCCCAGGGGAAGAGCAUGCAGGAGGCUCUGAGGUUCGGCUGCCAGGUGGCUGGCAAGAAGUGCGGUCUGCAGGGUUUUGAUGGCAUCGUAUGAGUGCCCUGUGGCAGUGGGCACCGGCUCACACCCUGCCCCAGGCUGGCGUCACUGGCUCCUGUUGCCUUCUCCUCUGCGGCCAGCCUGGCAUCGGGCUGCCCUUCUCCCUGGGCCGAUCUGGGCUGUGGGAGGGCUCCACCUGUGACCUGGCAUCUCACUUGGCAGAGUCGCAGAGCAAAUAAAUCUUCCCAGAGCCA